UGCAUUUAUAAUGUGAUUUGUCACACUGAACCAGUAAUAAACCUAGUUGUUUGUGACCAAUUUAACUGUUUUUCCGCGAAGCAUUAGAAGCCUCACGUGACAGCUGUGAUCGAUGAAAAGCGGCAAACGUGAAAGUACUCAACGCGCCCUAACGAGAUACCCUCGGGCAGAGUUUUUCAUUAGCAGCAGUAGCAACAGUGUAAUAAAAAAAAUGGCGAUACCAUGGCAGCAGGUUCUAUGAAAAUUCAAUUUUUCCUUAUCUUCUUGAGCAUUGUCGGGGGCGAAUAACUGUUUAAUAAAUACCGAUGCUUUUCGACGAUUUGAACCAUUUCAUUUGAAGUGUAACAAAGUUCACAAUGAAAGUGUGUACGAUCCUUUUGGUGCUGCUGGGCCUGUCAGCCCAUUUGGUUAUUGGUGGUCAGCCCUUCGGACCAGCAGGCGAGUCAAGGCAGGGUAACGAUUAUCCAGAGUGCAGAGGAACCAUGCAGAGCCCAAUCCCGCUUUCGGCUUUCACCGCUCGUCCUGGUUACGAGUCGCAACCGUUAGAGUUGACCAACUAUCAGAUGGAUCCCAGACAGGUCACGGUCACAAACGAUGGAAAAUUAGCCAUAUAUCGGUUCGAGUUUCCUGGUGACGCAAACGUCACCAUUCAGGGAGGUCCCCUACGAAACAUCUUUCAAUUCGAUAGCCUUCAUUUUCAUUGGGGGGCAACUUCCGAACGUGGAUCCGAACACGUCAUCGAUUCUUACGGAAGAAGAAGACGAUACUCUAUGGAAAUGCACUUGGUAUUCUUCAAUCAGCAGUACGAUUCCUUCGAAACGGCUGCUCCGUUGGAAAACGGCCUUGCUGUGUUGGGAAUCUUCCUGUCGAACAGCACAACCGAACCGGAUUACGGGUGGAUUCCCGCUUUGAAUGAAGUGCAGACGGCUGGUACGACCUAUACUCUCCCGGAUCCAACGGUGUUCAACAUCAAGAAGCUGAUCGGUGCCCGAAGAAGGCCAUACUUUUCCUACAAUGGCAGUCUGACCACACCCCCGUGCUAUGAGUCGGUCAAUUGGUUGGUGCAGAGAAACUACCUCCCAAUUUCCGAGGACCAGCUGAACGUAUUCCGAUCAUUGCGGAAGGAGAAUGGUGAGCCACUCGUGGACAAUUAUCGCAAUCUGCAACCAGUAAACGAUAGGCCGAUUUUCCUGUAUCGGUAAUUUGGUGGGUAUGAUUUAAUGGGUGAUAAACAUAACGA